AUGGGUGUCGCCACACCAGUUUUCUUUUGCUUGUACUGUGUGUUCACAUCUCUUACUUUGACUGAACAUUUAAAACACAGGGAUGACCAUAGACAUAUUAAUAGGAAGUUGUUUCAUUGUGGCAUGAACAGGUGUGAAAAAGUUUUUAACUCUGAGGCUCUACUAAGGAUCCACAUUCUUCGAACCCAUGCUGUGAAAGUGAGUGAUUUGAAGCUAUCAAGAUCGACACCUGCUACUAACAGUAGAGGGCAGUAUGUGUGUUCUGUAGCAGUGUGCAAGAAAAAAUUUGAAGUGUACAAGCAGUUUCUCAAUCAUCUUUAUGGCCAUCUUUCUUUUAAAGUUAAUGUGAAGUGCCCAUACAGUGCUUGUCAGAAAAUUUAUACAAAUGAGAAAUCACUCUCUUCUCACCUCACGAGGAAACAUUCAUCUAAAGCUAAAAGUUCUGUUUGCCACUCUCAAGCUGUUUCAACAUUGUCUACUGUUGAGAUCUCUGAAGAGGUGCCCGUGGAGUUUCAGGAGAAUGAUGUUGAAGCAGGUAAUUCUAUCUAUGAAUUUCAAAAUUCUAAAGAAGAUCAGCAGGCAUUACUUCUCAAAAACUUAGCUCAAUUUUGUAUGAGACUUGAGUAUCACCAUAUUAUUCCUGAGAAAGUAAUCCAAUAUAUUAUGGAAGAAAUGUCUAAUGUUUAUUCUCAGGGUUUAUCUUUCCUUGACAAUGAAUUGCGACAACAAAUGAAAAAUGAAGGCAUUUUAGAUGACAAGAUCCAACGGAUUCUUUCAAGUGUGUUUAAGAAUGACCCAACUGCAAGAACAUUUAACAAAGAGUUGCGAUCAACAUACCUGAGAAAAGAAUUUUACAAAAGAACUUUUACAUUUGUUCAACCUCAGAAGGUAAUUUUUGACCGCACCAUUGUGAGAGAUGGCAAAGAGAUUAGGAAGCAGUGCUUUUAUUAUUAUGUGCCGGUCAAAGAAACCUUACUUGCUUGCUUUGAAGAUAAAUCUUUAAAUUUAAAACUGAAGCCUAUUCAUGUCAGAACGGAUGGUCUACUUUGUGAUGUGACUGAUGGUCUUGUUUUCAAAAACAAAGUUAUGCUGGACGAUCCACUUACAAUUUAUAUUGUCAUUUAUCAAGAUGGAGUCGAAAUUGUAAACCCCAUUGGACCGGGGAAAAAGAAGCAUAAAAUUCUUGCUAUUUAUCUCUCAAUUUUAAAUUUACCAGAUCAUGUAAGAUCUCACAUUUCAUCCAUUAAGCUUGUUGGCCUAUGUAAGGAGAAGGAUUUUGUUCAUGAAGUGAUUUAUGGUAAGAUUGUGGAAGACUUGCAAGAGUUGGAAAGAAAUGGAUUGUAUGUUGAAGGCAUUGGAAAUGUCAAGGUUAGAUUGGUUUUUAUUGCUGGAGAUAAUUUAGGGAGUCAUGCCUUGGGUGGAUUUGUAGAGAACUUCAGCAAAGCAAACUAUUUCUGUAGGUAUUGUCACCUUUACCGUCCAACAUUCUCAAGUAGAAAUGGUGAAAGUAUAGAGUUUGACUUGAGGACUGUGGAAUCAUACAAUGAGUGUGUUGAGCUUGGAAAGUCUAAGAAGUACGGCCACAAAGGUGUUAAAUUUGAUUCUGUUUUCAACAAGUUGCGUAACUUCCACUGUUGCAAUCCUGGUCUUGCGUGCUGCCUUGGUCACGAUCUAAUGGAGGGUUGUAUAGCUUUCGACUUGAAACUUUUUAUUGAUUUUCUAAUUGCUGAGUCGUGGUUCACCCUACAUGAGCUAAAUGAAGCUAUUGCUAAGUUUAAUUAUUCUACAGAAGAAAGGAAAGAUCAGCCACUGCCUAUCCAAGAAAAUGCAUCAAGAGUCAAAGGGGGAGCUUGGCAGAUAUGGACACUACUUCGCCUUUUCCCAUUAAUUGUCCAGGAAUAUAUAACUGAUGAAGAAAAUGAAGUUUGGCAAGCUCUCAUGAUGUUGUCAGAAAUUACUGAGAUAGUGUGCUCACCAACAAUUCACAAAUCUAAUUUACCCUAUCUGCAGGAAAUCACAAACUCUUAUUUGACUGUAAGAAAAAAUCUCUUUCCUGAUGUAAAACUUCGGCCAAAGCACCACUACCUCUCCCAUUACAGUUGGCUCUGCCUCAUGUUCGGUCCAUUAAUGAAGGUUUGGACUCUAAGAUUUGAAUCAAAGCAUACAUAUUUUAAAAGAACAGCCCGUGUUAUAAGAAAUUUUAAAAACAUUUUGUACAGCUUUAGUAUGAAGCAUGAGCUGCUACAAUGCUACCUAAGAAGUGGAGCUGAUCUGAGGUGUGAUGUGGAAGCAGCAGGCACCAGCAAGCUCUUUGUUUCUACUUAUUCCAAGGACAUUCAGGAUGCCAUUUCUAAUGUACCUUCUAACCUUUGCAAUGUUGAAGAGUGUUUGAAAUUGACUGUUAAAGGGACAGAAUAUGCUAAAGGUGACAUAGUUGUGCUAAGCCAAGACAGCUAUGAAUGCAAUGUACAAUUGGGAAGAAUAAUUUUAUUACUACUUGAUUGUGAUCAAAAUGUUUACUUUGUAUGUGAAAAACUUCAAACUUUAUUCAGACCACGGCAAAGACUCUAUAUUCUUGGAGAAUGCAAAGGAUAUGCAUGCGUGAAGCAAGAUGAGCUGUUAAGUUUCUACCCAAUGAAGUCUCAUCGUGUUGCUGGUCAUCAAUUAGUCAAAUUGAAACACGCAAUUAUGCAACAGCAAAAUAAAAUGAAUAUAAAUGAAACAAUAGUUAUAACAUCCUUUACAAAAAUUGAAAGAAUGAACAUUGAACUGAAGAACCAAAAUAUCAAUAUCAUUAUUUUAAUCACAACAAGAUAA